AAAACAGCCGGGAAAGUCCAACGUUUAGUAAAGAACUGGUUCUCCUUCCCGAUAAUACAUUUUCACAUGUCCCAAGACGCGGCAUGAAAGCUAUGCUUUUUGAACACGGGCACGUGGUUUCAGCACUGGAAUUUAACGUCAGCUGGGAUGAGCAGGCAGUAUUGGAAUCAAUCAAGAACACAUUCUCUGAAAAACUGAGUUCCUGCAGAAUUGAAAUUCUACUAGGAUGCCAUAAUAAACUCGUGAAACCAUCUUUAACACCUGGGCAAAAACUAAGCGGACACAUGCUUAAAAAGAUCUUUACCCAAAGGUCAAUUUAUGUCCGACCUGACAGGGUUCUUUUAGAACUUGGAGGAAAACGGGCAGAAAAUUCAGAUGAAGACAUCAUUGAUGUAACUGAAGCUCAUGCUCUGUCUUUCUCAUCUGUUCAGCCUUCAGUUUGUGUUGAGAAUACAUCUCAGAGGGAGAAUAUGAGCAGCAAAAGCACAUUUGCUGAUGAUCACUCACUACCUUCAGAAAGCCACAUUUGCAGAUCAGAAUCUGUCACAGCUAAAACCAGUGUAUGUGAGGAUACAUAUAGGAAUUAUGUAGAUCUUUUGGAUACUGGAAGUCUUUCAGACGAUUCAGAUUUAAAUGAAGCCAUUUCCCGAUCUCUUGUGGACAUUCAACCUAUGCUGGAAGAAAGCUGUUCAUUGAAAGAAAUACUUAAGCCCUUUGAAAAUUCACUCAGCAGUGAAGUUGUUCGUUACAAUAUUACAAGGAGAAAUGUUUGGGACGGUACUGUCCGAGCCAUGAGCCGACCUAACUUCUUACCAACCAAGCAGAUGGACAUAAAAUUUACUGAUAAUGAAGGAAUUUCUGAAGGUGCAGUAGAUCUCGGUGGUCCAAAACGUGAAUUUUUGCGCCUAGUUCUGGAAUACGUUCGGGAUCACAGCGGAAUGUUUGAAGGAACACAAGGAAAAAAAGUUCUUGCUUGCAGUAUUGCAGCACUUAAGGGCAACAGCUACUUCUAUGCUGGACAGCUGAUGGCUAUGUCAGUCAUUCAUGGAGGUCCACCUCCUCAGUUUUUGUCUCCAGUUCUUACUGAGGCACUGAUAUGUGGACCUGAUAAAGUAAUUGUAUCUGCAGAGGAUGUGGCAAAUGAAGAAAUCCGUUCACAAAUAAUAUUGGUGAGUUGUUAACUUGUUGUUUUUUUCAUUUCUCAAUUUGA